AUGGACGUUACAGGACACACAUUUCCAUACCACCUUCCAAAGAUCCUGGAUGAUCUGUCAUCAUGCACCUUUGUUUCUCUGGACUUUGAGUUCUCUGGGAUUGCAACCACCGUCGCCGGACGAGGACCACAGAGUCUACAGCAAAGGUAUCAAGAAGUGAAAGAAUGCGCGGAUAAAUACCAGAUCUUACAGGUUGGUAUGACUACUUGUCAUGAAGAUACUUUGAAUGCAACGUAUACACUCAAACCGUACAAUCUAUAUUUGAACCCAAUCAUUGACCGUAAGCUCGAGGUAGAGCGGACGUGGUCUUUCCAGAGCGGAGCUGUUGAAUUUCUGCUAGAGAACAAGUUCAGCAUGGACGCUUUGCACAGAGAUGGUGUCCCCUAUCUAUCUAGAGAAGAAGAAGCGCGGGCCAUUUCCAAGGUGAUCGAACGUCACAACCGUUCCGCAUUGCGUAGGUCUCUGGAUGUUAAAGAAACCGAAUACGAGUCAAUCGAAUUUCUCAAGAUCGUUCGACAGCUAGUCGAUGCCUGGCUUGCUCUUGGUGAUAAACGUGAGCAUUAUCUCAAUAUACCGCCACCCACUCGCCUUAUUCAAGCCCAGAAACUCAGAUCCCUGCCGUCGGUAUUGAAUAGGUUCCAGAAAAGGCUUGUCCACCAACUGAUCGAAGCGGAAUACCCCUCUCUGGUGAGUAUUGGGAAGCCCACAUUCGUCCAAAUUAUCGACUACAAUGAAGAGCGGGAGAAAGCAAUUCGAGACCAGAGGGUAAAGUGGGUUGAAGAACAUGCCCGGAGGCAGACCGGCUUCAGAUGGGUAGCAGAGGCAUUAGUUGGUGGUGAUCUCUCUAACCUUGAUCCGCAUUCUUUCUCUAUCCUAAGCACAAAUAAUGCUCAAGCUGGACAGCGAAGUUAUGCGCUUAAGGAUUUCUCAGACAGACUUAAGGAGCGUCUCAAAUCCCAUCAGCUCCUGCUCGUGGGCCACAACCUUUUUACAGAUCUAAUAUACUUUUGCCGCACCUUUUUUGGACCCCUACCGGACCGUCUUGAGGAUUUCCAAUCUCUGGUGCAUGACCUUUUUCCGCUGCUCGUUGACACAAAAUACAUGGCCACCCAUAACUGCGGCUCGAUCAACCCAAGAUCUUCAUUGCAGGAAAUAAACGACAGCCUGCUACAGACUCCCAUACCUGCAAUCAGCAUACAUCCACAGUUCGCAAAGUACCACACCCAAAAGAUUGACCACGAGGCAGGCUAUGAUAGCUUGCUUACGGCUCAAGUAUUCAUAAAGCUUUCCGCACAGUUACGUGGCGAGCAGUCCACGGUGAAUGCAAGCCCAGAGUUACGUACCUCGAAGGCAUCUCCUCGCGCCAAAAGGGGAAGCUCCCGUAGAAAGUUCAAACUACAUGAACUAAGCGAAGCCCUUGACGAAGUAGAUAAUUCUCGGGCGCGUGUUGGAGAGCAACCGGCCCUUUCAUCUGAGGAAGUAAGAAAGGCCAACAACGGCGAACUAAUUCCACGAUCCGGCUCACCAUUCUGGAGCAUCUAUGCUAACAAAAUACGUGUCUUUGGAACUGAGGAGAGAGUCUGCAACAUUGGAUGA